GAAGAGGCAACCAAGGAACUCCCGAUGAUUGUGGGUGAGAUUCCGAUCCUUUCCAAAGCCUAUUACAGUAAGAUCAAUUUUAAUGAGACAUGGCUCACGCCGCCCUUAGGGUCAGGCCCUUAUCGCAUUAAAGAGGUUAAUCCCGGAGACUCAAUUACUUAUGAGCGUCUUAAAAACUGGUGGGCAAAAGACCUCCCUCUUUUUAAAGGACGUUAUAACUUUGAUGAAAUUGUUUACAAAUACUACCGAGAUGCAGGAAUUAUUUUUGAAGCGUUUAAGGCAGGAGACCAUGAUUUUCGUCGUGAACACAAGGCGCAAAAUUGGGCAUUAGGCUACACUUUUGAGGCUGCCCUUAAGGGUGACGUUAAACGUUUAGAUCUUCCCCACAGCCGCGUUGAAGCAAUGCAAGCCUUUAUCUUUAAUACACGCCGUUUUCUUUUUAAGGACCCAAGCGUCCGUAAAGCUUUGGCCUUAGCCUUUAAUUUUGAAUGGGCUAAUAAGAAUUUAUUCUACGGAGCUUAUCAUCGCACAUUAAGUUUCUUUGAUAAUUCACCUCUUGCUUCUAGGGGCCUCCCAACAGGCCAAGAGUUAGAAAUUUUGAUGGACUACAAAGGGCAACUCCCUGAAAAUAUUUUUACAGAAGCUUUUUCACUUCCUAUGUACAAAAAUCAACAAGAUUUACGCCGUACCCUUGCCAAGUCUAAAGCUCUUUUAGAAAAGGCUGGUUGGGAUGUCGUUGAUGGUGUCCUUACUCACUUGGAAACGGGAACACCUUUUGUUUUUGAAAUCUUAUUGUUUGACGCUACGAUGGAAAAGGUCAUUCAAAACUUUGCUCGAAACCUAGAAUAUUUAGGGAUUAAAGCUUCACCUCGUCGUGUGGAUAGCAACCAAUAUGCCCGACGUUUUGAACACUUUGAUUAUGAUAUGAUUAUCAGCUUUUUCCCACAAAUCCCCUCUCCUGGAACAGAACAGCUUAACUACUGGGGAUCAAAAUCGGCUGAUGCUCCGGGGUCUUAUAACUUAGCCGGCAUCAAAGAUCCUGCCAUCGACCAAUUGAUUGAAAAGCUUAUUAAUGCUCCUACUCGCGAAGAAAUCGUUGUGUGCACAAAGGCUCUAGAUCGAGUGCUCUUGAAAG